AUGCCACUCGUGCUGGAUUGGAUGAGCUCUGGCAGCACAGUACCUAUCCACAGCUUCGUGAAGCUCGAACUGUCUUUGCUUGCAUCCGGAAUGACGAGGCUUGGACUCUUCACGCCUGCGUCGGACUCUGUGAACACAGGAUUAUUGCCACUUCCCCAAAGUUUCGUGUGCCCAGGAAGCUCGAUGCUAGCUUACGCAAACAUCCGGCUUGGCUUGAGCCUGUCUGUGCCAGACCACGUGACCCUCGGUUCGGCUGUGCCCCUACAAUCACAUGUUCGUCUCGACUCUGCUAUGCUGAUCUACGGCACAACGCAACCAGGCUUUUCUUUGCUAGCCCUGGAUCACAUUCAGUCCGGCCUGUUCUUGCCUUCACAAGGGCCUGUUCAAUUUGGGUUCUUCAUGCUUGUGUAUGGACUAGCCCAUCCCGAUCUGCUGUUGCCAAUCCUGGACUUUGUGAGUCCGGAAUCGUCAAUGCUUCCAAGAACUUUCGUGCAGCCCGGGUUCAUGCUGCUUGUGUCCGGUGUUGCAAGGCCUGGGCUGCUCCUGCUUGCUCUGGAUCUCGUGUCCCCGGGAAGUGUGCCGUCACUGAGGCAGCCUGCACGCCCUGGCUUGGCUCUUUCGACUUACGGGACGGUGCGUCCGGGAUCCUUUCCGCCCAUGCUAGACCACGUAACUUCUGGGAGCUUGCUGCCUUUGCAUGGCUCGGGCUGCAUGGGGCUCUCUAUCUUCGUCUUUGGGCUGACCCGCCCGGGACUCAUGAUGCCAGUGCUAGACUAUGUCCACAUGGCUUCACCGGCCUUCCUGCGAAGCCUCGGAUGUUUGGACUUACUGCUGCCUGCCUAUGGCAUGCUCUGCUCGGAACCUUCGAUGCCAAUCCUGGAUUUUCUGCACAUGGCAUCCUUCCUGCUGUUGCGCGCCCAUGCGCAUCCUGGACUGCCACUGCCCACGUACGGGGCGACGCGUCUUGAGCUACUGUUGCUUGUAUCGGACUUCAUUCAUGCAGGCUUCUCGACGUCGGCAUACGGGUUGGCAUGCCUCGAUGCCCCACCAUCGGUCCCGGACUAUGUCUCGCUGGAUUCCCUUCUGCUCGCACGUUCUUUUGUUUGCUUUGGCCCAAUCCUCGCAGCCUUUGACAGUUGCCGCUUUGCAUCGCUGAUGCCGCUUCGAAGCUUUGCACAUCCAGGAAGCCCAUCAUCAGCCUAUGGACUGGCACGUUCGGACUUGUCGAUCUCUACCUUGGACUUUGCUCAGAUCGGGCUUCCACUCUUUUCGCGAAGCUUUGCAAGGCCUGGCCCGUCCACCCUUUUGUAUGGGUUCAGCAAGAUGGAAUCGUCGCUGUUUGUCUUGGACUACGUGGUGUCAGACUCCACCAUGUUGCUGCAAGCGUUCGCAAGCUCAGCGACUUUAGUUUUCAAGUGCUUUCGCUUUGACAGCACAGUCUCCAUUCUGGACUGCAUGAACUUGGGCCUCAUGCUGCUGUUGAGAGGCCUCGCGCACAUUGGCCCGUCUGUACCUGCCUUUGGGCUGUCAUGCCUGGGAUCGCCUCUGCUUGCACCGGAUCUUGUUCUUACGGGAAGCAGCCUGCCGCCCAAAAGCCUUGCAUGCUUGGGCUCAUUGCUGCUGGCUUAUGGCAUGACCAGAUCAGGGCCGUUGAUGCCCGCCCUCGAUCUCGUGACUCUUGGCCUGCCGCUGCCUUUGCAAUCGUUCCUCUGUAUGGGCUCCUCCACGCCGGUCUUUGGAGUCGUGCGUCUGGGCCUAUCCUCGUCGGUGCCUGACUUCUUGCAUUUGGGGCUGUCGCUGUCUCCGCGAGGUUCAACACGGCCAGGGUCGAGCUUAUUGCCCUAUGGACUUACACGCCUUGAGCUGCCACCUUCGGCACCCGACUCUGUGCACAUGGGUUUGCCUUUGCCACCGAGGAGCUUUUCCCACCCAGACAGCUCCCCGCUCUUGUAUGGCAUGUUCUGUGCUGACUUUCUACUUCUGGUGCUGGAUUAUUGCACUUUUGGAAGCCUUCUGUCGCCUAGGGGUUUUGCGUGGUCGGGUUUCACGACUUUAGUAUAUGGCAUGACUUGGAUGGAAAGCUCUUUCUCUGCGCUGGACUCUGUCCAUUCGGGUCCCUCCUUGUCACCGAGAGGCAUCGUUCAGACAGGUAGUUCCCUGUUUGCAUACGGAGUUUCCUGCUUGGACUCUCUCCUGUCCGUCCUGGACCUCGUGCACAUGGGGCUGUUCUUGCCACUUCGCUCAUCCAUUCGCUGUGGCAGCGCGCUCCCAGUUUACGGCAUGGUUCGCCUGGACAGCUCACUGCCCGUGCCGGACCCUAUCAGCCUGGAAAGCACAUUGUCUUUGCAUGGUUACAUCCGCCCAGGGCUUGUUAUGUCCGUGUAUGGGAUGUCGCAGCUGGGUUCGCCGCCUCCCGUCCCAGAUCUCCUGCACUCAGGCCCCUCCCUGUCUCUUAGAAGCCAUAUGCGCUUGGAGCUGGCAAUCCUCGUGUACGGGAUGGCCCAGCUCGGCCUGUCGCUCCUUGCCUCGGACCUUGUCCACUCAGGCUCGAGUCCGCCGCUGAAGACCUUCUUGAGGACGGGCUUUGCACCCCUCGCAUUCGGCCUGUCCAGGCUGGACAGUCCUUUACCUGUGCUGGACCCCGUGCAUGCUG